UAUAUUCUUCAAACGAGAAGUCGUACAUGUUGAUUUGGUCACAAGAGGCCAUUGGCUGAUGUCACAUGAUCAAAGGCAAACGCGACACAGCUUGUUCAACUACAUCCAAAUCCAUUCUAUGUUCUACGCAGUGCCUCAGAACUUCACUCCAGACCUCCAUAUGUGAGGCAAGUUUUUGUACGAUACAGAAGGCGACACAAACCGACUUGUUGCGCGUCAGCCCCAGCAACCUGGUGGUUUUACCAGUAACGCGUCGUUCACGACGCUCAUGGACACUCCUCCGGCUCAGGGAGCUGUUAUCAGCGACCUGGAUAUGGGGCAAAUUGCAUCUCCUGAGAAAACAAACCCGUACCGACUGGCACCACUAGACCUAUGUAGCGAAAGCAUCCGCCUCAUCGAACUGCUCCCUACCAGCGACCCAGAUAUGAUCAGAUGCCGGAUACGCUCAUACCCCAUAGGCCCCGACUGUCCGCCAUACGUCGCGCUUUCCUACAUGUGGGACUAUGCAUCGGUGAAGCACGAAAUUGAGCUCAACGAUAUCAGAGUGCCGAUCAGUCGUAAUCUAUGGUGGUUCCUACACCGUAUGCACUCUCGCCGCGAGCUGGGACCCUUCUGGAUCGACGCGAUUUGCAUCAACCAGUCCAACGUACUAGAAAGGAACCACCAGGUCCCGUUGAUGCGACAGAUCUACAGCGGAGCGGAGUCUGUGUCUAUUUGGCUCGGUGAAAAUGUCAAGGGCACCAAUACUGAUAUGGCGAUGGGAUUUCUGGCAAAACUACAGAUGACAGAUGUAGAUCAGUGGAGCAAAGAUAUCCCACCCAUCAGCAAACGCUUGUUUAAGGCUGUAGAAGCCCUGUUAAAUCAUCGCUAUUGGACUCGGAUCUGGAUUGUUCAAGAGCUUCUUCUGGCUGAAGCGGUCUGUAUUCACUCAGGCGCGCAUACUGUAAAGCUGGAGCUUCUAGACCAUGUCGCCCAGACUCUUUGGCAUAUCAAAUCUUUCAGAAUCUAUAUUAUGGCCUGCAACUGCCAAACAUUGUUACUGCGGAUACAGUCUAGGCAGGAACGUGAGUCUCUACCUGAUCUCGUGAGAUGGUUCUCCCAAUCCGAGGCCACAGUUCCUCACGACAAAGUCUACGCCUUGCUUGGCAUAGCGCUUGGGCAGUCUUCCGUAGUGGUCGAUUAUUGUAAAUCUCUUAAUGAGCUGUUCGAAGAAAUGUUGGACCUGGCGCAUGAACAAUGGUGUGAUGAGGGGAACAUGUUCGAAGAUCAACUGGAAUCUUUAAACUCUAACACCAGACAGAUUGCCGAAGCAUUGGGCGUGAAGUAUGAUUGGUACGGUGUGCUGAAAUUUCUCGGAAUUCGCAAUCGAGAGGAGGAAGCUAUUAACGCCAUCUUGCGUCAAGUUGAAGAGGAGCGUAACAAGAGUUCGUAGCACCGACAUACCACAGAAGGCUGAAAUUUUGCACCCUCAUUGGCCCACAAC